GCACACGCACGGGAGCGCGCGAGCGAGCAAGACGCGCACACCCGGCGAGCCAAGUUCCGCAGCCUGGCAUGGCUUCUGGGGACCUUUACGAGGUCGAAAGGAUUGUGGACAAGAGGAAGAACAAGAAGGGGAAAUGGGAAUACCUCAUCCGAUGGAAAGGCUACGGCAGCUCCGAGGACACGUGGGAGCCAGAGCAUCACCUCCUGCACUGCGAGGAGUUUAUUGACGAGUUCAACGGGCUGCAUGUGUCCAAGGACAAGAAAGUGAAGUCAGGAAAGCAGGCUGCAGCCUCCAAGCUCCUCCGUGACACCCGCAGCCCGCCAGUGGAGAGGCUCCCCCACAGGCCCCUGGAGCCUGGGAAAAGCAAAUCAGCCUCCCACAAGCGGAAACGUAUCAACUCUCCUCUGUCCAGGCCCAAGAAGGGGUCUUCAGGGAAGGCCCCUGGGGCCACUAAGUCUGUGUCCUAUAGGACUACUCCCAGUGGCUUGCAAAUCAUGCCCAUGAAGAAGACUCAGAACGGCUUGGAGAACGGAGAUGCUGGUUCUGAGAAGGAAGAGGCGCACUUUGGGAAUGGGUCCCAUCAGCUGGAUUUGGAUUUGAGUGACCAGGUUGGAGAGCAGGAUGCCAGCGACUGUGACGGGACCCACUCUGCGCUGGUGGAGAACGGAGUCGGCCCUGCUCUGACCAACGGAGGCCUGAACCUGCACAGCCCCGUGAAGAGGAAGCUGGAGACAGAGAAAGACUACGUCUUUGAUAAGAGGCUCAGGUACAGUGUCCGCCAGAAUGAAAGCAACUGUCGGUUUCGUGACAUUGUGGUGCGGAAGGAAGAGGGCUUCACGCACAUUCUUCUGUCCAGCCAGACUUCGGAUAACAAUGCCUUGACACCUGAGAUCAUGAAGGAGGUCCGGCGAGCGCUGUGCAACGCGGCCACAGACGAUAGCAAGCUGCUGCUGCUCAGCGCGGUGGGCAGCGUAUUCUGCAGCGGCCUGGACUAUUCCUACCUGAUCGGCCGGCUGUCCAGUGACCGGAGGAAGGAGAGCACUCGCAUCGCAGAAGCCAUCCGAGACUUCGUGAAAGCCUUUAUCCAGUUUAAGAAGCCCAUCGUGGUAGCCAUCAAUGGGCCGGCAUUGGGCCUGGGAGCGUCCAUUCUACCCCUCUGUGACAUCGUAUGGGCCAGUGAGAAGGCCUGGUUUCAGACACCGUAUGCUACUAUCCGCCUCACACCUGCUGGCUGUUCCUCCUACACCUUCCCCCAGAUCCUGGGUGUGGCACUGGCCAAUGAAAUGCUGUUCUGCGGGCGGAAACUCACUGCCCAGGAGGCGUGCAGCCGGGGCCUUGUCUCACAGGUCUUCUGGCCCACGACCUUCAGCCAGGAGGUCAUGCUGCGGGUGAAGGAGAUGGCAUCCUGCAGUGCCGUGGUUUUGGAGGAGUCCAAAUGCUUGGUCCGGAGCUUCCUGAAGUCGGUGCUGGAAGACGUGAAUGAGAAGGAGUGUGUCAUGUUGAAGCAGCUCUGGAGCUCCUCCAAAGGCUUGGACUCCCUCUUCAGCUACCUGCAGGACAAAAUCUAUGAAGUCUGAAGGGCCCCAGCUUGUGAGCCUUGCUGCUCAAGGGUACCUGACUUCCAGCUGGGCCCUGCGUUUCUGACAUCGGAGCCCAGGGUCCGCCCCCAGCCAAGAGUUUGUCAGGGUGUGUCUUUACACCUAAGGUUGUGUCCAUUCCUCGUGUCCUUUGGUUGUUCCUCAUUGGUUUGAUUUUGAUGUAAUGGUGGGAAACGCAGUACCCUUGGCCUCCCGUGUCCCUACCCCAGCCCGAUGAUAGAGCUUUCCAGGGUUACACCUUUACAGGGCUCUGCCAGGCACUGCUUCCCUUUCCCCACUAGCCGAAACGCUCUACCGCCAUGGUCCAGAAGGGGACGAUCAACCUCCCCCAUCCUCCUGACUCAGGCUGUGUCUACACAGUGCCUCCAACUUGGAGAUGAGGCCAUCAUGGGUCUCUGAUUUAAAUGAUCUGGGACCAGGGGACAAUCAUCUUAGGGAAUUCGCAGACCAACAAGCACGUGACUCUGUUGGCCCAUAGGCCUGGCUUCAGGCUCCUCUCCAAUGCAGCUCGGUGUGAUUCUUAGGGCUUGGUCUCAAAACCCAACUGAGUGAUUUACAAACCCAGAUAUUGUACAUUUAGAAAUGUUUUGUUAAAUAUAUAUUUUUAAAACAA